AUGUCAUUUAUAACGAUCAGAUUUGGAGGUAAACUUUUUGAAUGUUAUUCAAGUUUUAUUUAGUAGGUUUCACUUCCUUAUCUAUCAUUUGAGAUGGUAAAGUGCUGUUCAAUGUUCAAAUUUGAUAUCAUGCACUUACGAGGAACAUUUGAAAAAGGCAAAUUCAGGACCCGAGAACAUUAAACACCUUUUCUUGGUCUGAAAGAAUAUUUAUUGUAUUCUCCCUCAGUUGACAAACCUGGCUAUGACUCCACUUAGCAAUAUAGAAAACGGAAAUAAGUCCUAUAGCUCAAUGUGCCACUGCAUAAGACACCUGACUUUAUGUUACUCUCGAUAGAAGCCGGUAAAGAAUAAGGACUUAUUCUUUUAAACUUCGGUUAUUCUGUGUAAAGAAUUUUUACACAAAAUAUUUUUCUUAUAUUUAUAUACGAUGUUUUCGCCGUCGACAAAUUGUGAAAUAUUCUCCUUCACUGAGACACUGACAGAAUUUUCAAGGAAGGCCAUUAGCUAUGCAUGACGCUCAUUAGAGUGUCAUUAAAUGAAUUGUCAAGGAGAUUGAUCGUACCGACGUACCUCUAUAUACUGCUUGCAAGUUUCCAAAUGUCUUACAAGCCUAAAGGCCCGUUUAACACUUGCAAUCCUUGCGGCAACUUCUAGUGCGAAUUUCUUCGCCUGAUGUAUGUGAACGAGUAGAUGAGUUAUGAAUGCUGUGAGUAUAUACACCUUCAUCUGAACAUUCAUUACUCAUCCACUCGUUCACAUCCAUCAGGCGAAGAAAAUCGCACCUAGAAAUCGGCAGCAAGGAAGGAGGCCCGUAGACGUAGUCCUCAUUCAAGAUCCCGUUAAUCUUAGGCCCUGUUCGGAACCCUACCUAAAUUCGUCCGGUCUCGCCUUGCUUUCACGUACAGGACGCGCGAAACUGGACGAAUUCCAGCACAGGUAACCGUACGAAUUCGAGACGAAAUAAAAGUAGGUCUCGUUACGUCCCGGAAUGGCUCCUAAAUCAGAGAGCGCCAUGUGAACAGCGGAACCGGUCUUUUUUCAACACCAUUUUGCACGGUCGAGGAUCGGGAAGAAUACUAACUCAAUAUAUUAAACUGUCGUGAAUUGAAGCACUUCAGCCGGUUCCGUGUGAACACUUUUCGUCUCGUAAUUAAUUCCAACGUGUAGAAGUAUACGUUCCUAAUUCACCCAGCCACAUGUGAACGUAGACUCUGCAGUAUUGACCUUAUGUUGUAUACACUUCCGUGAGUGUACAUGUUCUUAAAUGUGGGCUAACUUGAAGUGGUCUGUUGUUGUACAAAACUCACUGUUUAGUCAAGCACGUUGUUGUACACGGAACAGUUUACUGUUGUAUUUGAUGUACUACACUGAUAUGCACGAUCUAGUCAUCGGCUAUGCUCUUCAAUAUAUCUCUGAUAUUUUCAGAUGACAAUCACGCGCUCUUCAAUCCAAAUUGUUUGGUGAUCAAUCUCUUGGACAAUAUCAGAAAGAGAUGCAAAUGUGAGAAAGAGGGUAUGGACAAUUGGACACUAGCAAGUGAAUCAAAUAAAUCGAACAGGAUAUGUCAUACUUCAAUAUUCCAGAAGGGUUGAAUCAAAUAAAUUGAACAGGAUAUCUCGAAAUUCAAUAACUCACAAGAGUUGAAUCAAAUAAAUGAACAAGAUAAUUAUGUCGUACUUCACUCAGAAGAGUUUAGUCAAAUAAAUGAACAGGAGAUCUCACACUUCAAUAACACAGAAGAGUUUAGUCAAUAGUAUUGUCUACAACAACAGUCUAGAACUGAUAGAGCUAUCCAGUAGAAAUAAAUAAAGUUGGUUUAGUGUAGGUUUCUUCCUGUAUACCAGAACAGUUUGACGCGUACAAAUGGUAAAUAUACAAGUUAUACUCACCAGUAAUAUUGUUUCAGCUCCAAUCGACUUGAGCGAUGAAGAUGGAAGUGUUCAAAAGCUUUCUGAAAAACAAGAUCAAAAUGCCAGCACAAUCUUGAAGCAACGCGGGGAAUACAUUUUAUUACGCGUAGAGAGUACGUACUAUGUAAUCAGUCGUUAAAUCUAGGGUAAACCAUGAACAGGAACUUAGUUUUCAAGAGCCAUGAUUCAUAAAUGGACGAACCAGGAAACAGCUAGUUCCUUGCCAUGAUUGCCAUAGAUGGACGAACCAGGAAAAAGUAUUGUUGAGAUAUGCUUUCAGCAAAUUCACAUUUGAAAACCAAAAUACGUUUCUAAAUUGUUGGCUCGCGUCUUUUACUUCCUUAGUUUUGCUCCUCAAGAGUGUUUCCUGGGUUACUCCAAGGGUUAGGCUCUCGAGAAACAAGAGUUUCCAUCAGAGUUUUCUCAACUCUCGUGCACCGGUCAAACGAGAACAAGAGUUGAUGACAGUUGACUGGAACUAUACUAUUUACCGCGCGCGUAGCGGAGACUCUUAUCAACUUUUGAACCUGUUCAAAGUUGACGAGAGUUAGGUCAAACGCGUUGAGUUGAAACUCUCAUCAACCCUCGUCAUCGUUUGACCCAGGCUUUACUAGGCAAAUCUACAACUAUAAACAUAGAUGGUUGAUUUAGAUUUCAAGUUAAAGUCUAAACAGUAGGACCAGUAGAUACCAUGCAUUACAAUUAAUACCGCGUAAUUAUUUUUUCAGAGUUUUCAGAGAAACCGAACGUAUAUUUACCUCUUUUAAAUGGCUUGGAAUAUAGCAAUCCUGCACUUCUUGGUAAGAUACUUUUUUCAUGGCCAUCAUAAUCACCAAUUAAUUGCCAUGAGAAAACUAGCAUCACCACUAUCAUAGUCAUGACCACCAUCACCUUCAUACAAUCACGACCACCACCAUCGUCACUACCAUCGUCAUCAAUACCAUUACCACCACUAUCAUCAUCACCACCACCAUCACUACCACCAAUACCAUCAUCACCACUACCAUCAAUACCAUUGUCAUGACCACCAUCACUAUUCCAUCAUCACCACCACCAUCACCAUCACCACCAUCAAUACCAUCAUCACCACUACCAUUGUCAUGACCACCCACCAUCACUAUUCCAUCAUCACCACCACCACCAUCACCAAUACCAUCAUCACCACUACCAUCAAUACCAUUGUCAUGACCACCCACCAUCACUAUUCCAUCAUCAUUAUCACCAUCACCACUACCAUCAAUACCAUUGUCAUGACCACCAUCACUAUUCCAUCAACACCACCACCACCAUCACCAAUACCAUCAUCACCACUACCAUCAAUACCAUUGUCAUGACCACCAUCACUAUUCCAUCAACACCACCACCACCAUCACCAAUACCAUCAUCACCACUACCAUCAAUACCAUUGUCAUGACUACCCACCAUCACUAUUCCAUCAUCACCAUCACCACUACCAUCAAUACCAUCAUCACCACUACCAUUGUUAUGACCACCAUCCUUAUUCCAUCAUCAUUAUCACCAUCAUCAUCAUUAUCACCAUCACCAUCACCACCACCAUCAUUAACCUUAUCUCACCCCAUUCUUAGCCAAACUCCAAAACACUUCGAAACCAGAAGAGGAACACCAAAAACAAACCAUCAGAAAGAAAUCGCCAUGGGACCGAGCAAACGUGAGGAAAGUGACAAGCCGAGCGAGAGAGCAAUCCAAUGUCAGUCCUGCCAAGACAGAUGGUGGGAGAGAAAACACACCAAAAUCUGAUGACAAGACGCUUGGUGGUAACAGUGAUAGAAGGACAGCAAAACAACGAAAACCUGGCUUGAAAACUAUAUAG